UGCUGCCAUGGCCGCGGAGGCUGCCGGUCGGGAUGAUGCGACGGCCGGACCUGCAGACUGCACCGAGAUGGAGGAGUGGCUGAAGGAGGAGAAUAUGAAGGCUGAUUUGGAGGCUUCUCUGCCUGCUGGACAGGAGGAGUUUGCGAUCCGGUGCCGAGAUGUGUGCCGGUCGUACGGCAAACUGAAGGUCCUCAGCAACCUCAACCUGACUGUACCACAAGGCCACAUUUAUGGUCUUUUGGGCCCCAGCGGGUGCGGGAAGACCACACUGCUGAAAUGCAUCGUGGGAACUCUGAAAAUCUCACGGGGUCGCAUCACCGUGUUGGGGAAGCCACCAGCUUUUCCUGGUCAUGACGUGCCGGGGAAGAUGGUUGGAUACAUGCCGCAGGAGCUGGCACUGUACAAUGAGUUCACCAUCAGCGACACCCUGACCUUCUUUGGCCGAAUCCACGGCCUGACGUCGAAGGAAACCCAGGCUCGCAUGGACUUCCUCGUCGACUUCCUGGAUCUACCUCAGAAGCAGAGCCUGGUCCGAAAUCUCAGUGGGGGUCAGAGGCGCAGGGUGUCUCUCGGAGCAGCUCUGCUUCAGAAUCCAGAGCUGCUCAUCCUGGACGAACCGACGGUGGGAGUGGACCCUGUGCUCAGGGCCAAGAUCUGGCAGCAUCUGGUGGAGAUCGUGAAGACAGGGAAAGUCUCUGUCAUCAUCACAACACACUACAUAGAGGAGGCCAGGCAGGCCAAUGUGGUCGGUCUCAUGCGGAACGGCCAUUUGCUGGCUGAAGGUCCUCCAGACGCAGUCAUGAAGCAGCACAGCGCAACAACCCUGGAGCACGCCUUCCUGCAGCUGUGUGAGACGUCGGAUCAGAUCGACUCCAAACGGGGAUCCAGUCCUCAGAGCGGGCCGUUAGAGAACAGCCAAUCGUUCGAGAGCGGGCGGGACGAGAGUCGCCCAAUUCUCGGGAUCGGACCAGGUGCUGCAGAGGAAGUUCCCAAAUAUUCAGCGGACUGGAAGGUGCGAGCCAGACACAUGCUGCCAAAGUGGAGAAACAUCGCUGCCCUGAUGAUCAAAACGUUGGUGCGGAUGAAGAGAAUGCCGGGCUCGUUGUGUUUCCAGUUCUUGCUGCCCGUCAUCCAGAUCUCUCUGAUCUGUUUGUGUAUCGGAGGAGAUCCAAAGGGGAUCCAGGUCGCCGUGGUGAACAAUGAGACCUCGCCGUCCGCUUACAGCCAAUCACUGCUCUCCUUCCUGGACAACGCCAGUGUGCACCAGGUGCCCUUGUCCCAUACAGAUGCUUUCGAUGGGAUCUAUAAUGGCGAGUACUGGGGCGUCAUCGGCUUUGGCAAGAACUUCACCAGCUACCUGACAAAAAGGAUGAUCCAGCGGCAGGUUUCCAGAGAGGUGGUCGAUGGUGGGUCAGUACACGUCUGGCUGGACCUGACAAAUCGACAAAUUGCCUUUAUGCUGCAGAAGAAGCUUCACGAUGCCUUUCAGGCUUUCGUGGAGAAUAAGUUGGGCGGUAUGUCAUACCUGGUCGCGCUGCCAAUAAAGUUUGAGGAGCCCAUCUACGGCAGCCUGAACACAGACUUCACUACGUUUGUGACACCGGGAGCUGUGCUCAGUAUCACCUUCUACCUGGCCGUGGGUCUGACAGCUCUCUCCUUUGUCCUGGAGAGGAAGGAGGGGCUUCUGGACAGAUGCUGGGUCGCAGGUGUGAGCUCCCUGGAGACGAUGCUGGCUCACCUCUUCUCUCAGCUGUUCGUCAUCAGCGUUCAGAUCAUCCUGCUGCUCCUCUUCAUCCUGCUCGUCUUCAAGAUGCCUAAUGAAGGCUCCUUGGUGCUGGUCAUAAUCCUGAUCGUGCUGCAGGGCGUCACCGGCAUCUCGUUUGGCCUGGUCAUCUCCGCCGCAAUCGAUGACGAGCAGAGCGCAAACCAGGCCGCGCUGGGCAUUUUUUACCCCAACCUCAUCAUCAGCGGUAUCAUCUGGCCUGUGGAGUGUAUCCCGUAUCCUCUGCGCUACAUCAGCCUGGCUCUCCCUCAGACCUACGCCUCUGAAGCCCUCCGCUGUAUCAUGUACAGAGGCUGGGGUCUGUCUCGGAUGAUGGUGUGGCGAGGCUUCGCCGUCACCCUGGGCUGGAACACUUUCUUCCUCAUCCUGGCCACGGUCAUCUUAAAGCUGAGGACGUGACAGCUUCGUCCUGGAGAACAUCCUUCAGUCCGUGAUGUGACGUGUUGCAG